AUGGAUAAUUCAAAUAAUAUAGAGAUCUCGCGGUCUCACUCUGCAAAACUGCAACAUUGGAAACCUUUAACUGAGGUGGUGGACGCCGUUAAUUGCGAUGCUUACGACAGAUUAGCUACAUUCAUUCACAAGCCAAUAUCAGAGCCCGAUACAGACCGUAGAAAAGCUUUCAUGAUUAGCUACUUAUUACCACAACGUAGUAAUUGGUUAAAAUUAAAAACUUUGGUCUCCUGGUCCGAAAAGGCUGACUUAGUACGCGACUAUGAGUUACAUUACGAGGCCGUACAGAGCCAAAAAAAUAUAAGUGUUCAGGUUGAGAGAAAUAUGCACGAUUGGAGUUUUUUUAUGCCCAGUUCUAGUCUACGGUCACCAGACGUCAUUAAUGCGUCUGAUGUGCUUAAGGAGGGAACUUAUAAGAGAUUUCCAAGUAUAAUCAAGGAGCGUUUUGCGCCUGACAUUCUGAACGACGACGAAGCUAAAGAGACAUUAGAAGCUUUAAAUGGUAUCAUCCAAAUACGCAUGUUAACACAAGAAAUAAUACCAGAGUGUAUGAGAAACUAUAGCAUUUCGGACGGAAAAAUAAAAUUCUUAGUUGAUAAAGAAUUUGAGGUGGUUUUGACGCUUUAUAAUAUUAUGGAAAUUAAUGAACGUUGGUGGAUGGUCGAUCUGAAACUUCUCAUCCAAUCAUCGAGUGACAGAACAUUCAAUGACGUGAAGUUCACAUUUCAUGAAGAUCAACUAUUGAGGUUAAUGAGAACGAUUCAAACUCAGUUUUUGUCUCCACCACAGAAGCCCAUUCCAGAAAGAAUUACGAGCAGUAUGAGACAUCCAGCAAUUUCCGAGACAUCAGAGGUACCUGCUUCACUGCAGACAGCUAAAUUCUGUCCUUUGGUCAAUUUAUAUGAAUAUUUACACAAUUACUGUUUACAUCUUCAACUUAAUAUAUUGCUUCAACAGGCAGUUAAUAUGCAACAAACGAGAUGGACUAAUAAUUUUGAAAUGUUAAUGAAUGAAGACGAAAGCGUUUUGAGGAUAUAUUAUUGGAGUUCUGUUAAGCAUCCUCCGCCAGCACGUCCAAAUGUCCCACAAGCGUCGACUUCAAAGUCUUCUGAGGUUAAAAAUCACGAUAUUAUUGAAAUCUCUGUGAUAACUGAAGAAUCUGAUCGCCCUUUACUUUAUUCGGCCAAUAAAAUUCUUAAAGGAGCACAUUGGUAUACUGAUACAAAGUAUGUGAAGCUUGGAACUUUGAACGAUACUCGCGGGAUUAAUUAUCCGCAUAAAGUUUUACGUGUUCGUUGGACUGGUUUGAAAGGUUAUGAAGCUAAUGAAUGGAUAGUUGUUGAUUGGAAAUUUGAUCCAACCAAUUUAAACAUUGAACAUUUAAUGUUGUUCAUCACACAGCAACACGCUGAGUCAAUUAUAGAUAAAUUCGUCGAGAUUUUGAAAAAUGAUGAAGCGGGAGUAUACACUGAAGAUGACUUUGAAAUCGUCAACGAAAAUAAUGAAUCGGUUUCUGAAUCAGUUUCAACGGAAUCAUCUUUCUCAGAUGAAGUGGCAAGAAAAUACUUAAAUUUACCAAAGUUGCGCAUAAGAUUAUGUGGCGAUUCAAAAAAUUAUUAUAUUAAAAUCGGCAUUGAUACUCGUAGCGGCAGGAUCUUUAUUGAAGAUGAGAAUCAAGGAAUAGAACAUGAUAAACUUAAAUGUUGUAUGAACCGACUUAGCUACGAUCACAAUUGUCUCAUUGAGAUACUUAUAAUGUUGAGAUUUGUUGUAAUGAUUCCUCGACUUGAAUCAACGGCUAGAAAACUUUUCCUUGAUGUUCCUCGAGAAAUUAUUUUAGACCCAGACGAAAGAAGCAAGUUAUAUACAAAUCAACAUUUAAUCUUGGAAUUUUAUGACGUUAAAGACUUUGGUAAAAUGCAUUCGCAUAAGGUUAUUCCUGAUAAAGGGUAUUAUCUUAUUGCAGGAAUGGUGGCAAAUGGUAUAGUAUAUAAUCUGGCCACCUUUAGUCGUCUGCCUCCAACAAAAAAAUAUUAUCUCGACCCUACCAUUAAGGAGCCAACGCAUCGAAUAACUUCAAUUCAAACGAUUCGAUUAGGAAAUACGUUAUUUGAUAAAAAAUCAAAAUUAGUUGAUCUCUUAAAAAAACCAUCUCGACAAUGCCCGAGAUAUUCGAAUUUAUCUGGUCAUACUCGUAAGCGGAGUUUUGAUAAGAUGAACGAAGAUGAAAUAGUUUCAUCGCUACCGCGAUCAACAAAAAGGACAUUUGAAAUAUCGGAAACAAAUUUUGACACGUCUGCGGUUGAAGAACUUUUACUUGCAAGAAUUGUGGCAAUAGCUCGAGCCCGCAUAGAUUACGAGAAAGUAGAAGUUUGUUUUAAUGAAAAAGAAGUAAAAUUAGAACCAGUCAGAAUCAAUGAACAAAUAAAGACCAUUAAGCGUUUGUCACCUGAGGUUGAUUUUGAUAAAGAAAUCAAUAAGUCAUUGAAUUUUCUCGACUCGAACGCUCCUUUAUCGCUGUCCACUACAAUACCUACUUUCAAGAUUAACAUAAGGUCCUUGUUGGCAAGAUUUCCUAGGGCAAAUGAUUUUUGCUUGAAUAUAUUCAGUGACGUUUUUGUACGUCUUGCCGGUGCACGUUUAACAAAAACAACCAAUCCAGAGGCAACCAAUAUUACCUACGAUCAGCCAUCAGGAAUUUUAACUUUCAGAUAUGAUUAUAAUAGCAUGAAGAACUUUGUGGAUACAUUCCUUGAAAAUUUUGAAGAGAUCGUUAUGGUGACACAGGCAGCCUGCGAGUGUAAGCGUAUAUUGGGUGAUAAGAAAAGAUCUGAUAUUAAUAUACUCAACUUUGAUUUUGAUACGCUUAAAUUACAGUAUUUUCCGUAUGGCGCCGAUAUAAGCUGGCGUAGUAAUGAAUACACUUUGAUUUUACACGAUCUCGCGACAGAAUAUUAUACAAAAAAUGGCUCAUAUAAUCCACACAAGGACAAGUUAUUUGCAUUCUUACAAGAGGAGUUAAAUUCUUCUUUGAGAAUUAUCCCUUCCGUAGUUCAAGUCCUCGAUAGUCUUUCAACAAAGGACAAUUAUUCCUGUGAACUACAAGUAAUUCCCAAAGGUGCGAUCAAGUUCCACCUUAUCUGGGGCUACAGCAUCCCACCAAACGGACAAAAAACUUGGUGUGGAAUGGAUAUCAGUUUUAUACAGACUGAUGAUGAUUCUUAUUUCUUUGCGUCUGAUCUCACUAACCUAAAAGAAUAUCAAUCUCUUAAACCCGAGAUGAUGCCCAUAUGGCAAGCAUUUGGGCAAGAUUUCAUUAAGCAGGAAGCAGGGCUCAAAAAGGUUGAGAUGUUGUCAUCGGGGUUUACGAGUCCCGUCAAUGUCAACUUUGAAAAAAUAAUGAAAUGGAUUGAUGAAAAUGUUCGAAAACGAGUUCCUUUGAAUCGCACCUAG